CACAGCUUCUUUGCAAUGCCCAACCCCCCCCCCCCCCCCCCCCCCCCCCCCCCCCCCGCCCCCGCGCGCAAAUCUCCGUCCAGCCGCCGGCGCCAGCGCCUGCUCGCGUCCCCGAAGCCGUCGUCUGCUCCCACCUCCUCGUCCUCGUCGGCCUCGUCGGCGUCGUCUUCCUCCGCCUCCUUCUCCUUCGCCCCCUUCUCCCCGGCGCCCUCGCCGUUCCACCACCGCUUCCUCUCCCCGCUCCGUGCCUCCGCGGUGCCCUUCUCCUGGGAGCACCGGCCCGGCAUCCCCAAGACCCCCGCGCGCGGCGCCGGCGCCCGCAGCAAGUCCGGCGCCCCGUCGCCGCUGCCCCUCCCGCCGUCGCUCUUCUCCAACAACAAGGUGGUCGCCGAGUACUCCUUCGGCGCCGACGGGGCCUACUCCGUCGUCCCCGCGAAGGCGAGGAGGCGCAAGCAGCAGCGGCGGUGGCCGGCGGUGACCGACGCCCUGACCGAGUGGCUGGCCGUGCUGAGCCUCUACCGGUCGUGCACGAGGUCGCGCGACUCCCUCGCCGCCUCAGGCCCGCCGCCGCACCCGCGCCGGUGCUCGCCCUAGGCCUGGCCGGCGAGCCGGCCGGCAUCGACCAAUACGUAACGUACGUAGAGAGUCGGUGUGCGUGUGCCCGUAUUGUCUGUCCUUCCUUUUCUUUUUCUUGGGUGUGUGGGUUGUGUUGAGUGCGUGCGUACGUACGUAUACGUUCGGUGGUGCCCGAUCGUAGCACCGCCGAUGAAUUAGGAAUGUGCUUGCGAAUUUGGUGACAUGACGCUGUAAUUAAGGGUGUCUUUUCGUGUGUCGGUAUGUGCAUGUGCUUGCUCCAAUAAUUAAUGGAUAAUUCGGCACGAUUGGUUGA